GAAAGUAAGACAGAUGGUGACAUCAUCAGAGGAAGUCCGACAGCAGCGCUGACUCUGAUGCACUGAUCAGGAUAAAAGUCAGCGCUCAACCCAACGUCCAGCAGAACAACCAGAAGAAGGAGACCACCUGCAACUCCACAAACACCAGCAGAGGACACAGUUCAGGUCUGCACGUCGGCAUCGAGUACCAUCGGACCUCCAGGUUACAGCUCCUGACCUGAACCUCCAGCAGAGCCUGAGGACCCUGAAGAGUCGGACGCAGUGAAGUCUGAAAGAUCUGCAAAAAGACAAAAAACCAGAUCUGAAUAAGAACCAAAAAGGACAACAAGGACACUCAAAGCGCAAGAGUCCAAACUGUCAGCAUGUUUCCAACAUCAAACUCCUGCAAAGUGACGGCUGCCUGUGUGGUGGCGAUGAUGAUGAUGAUGGUGAUGAUGAUGACCACUGAGGCAGCAGCCAUGCCGAAAGCUGGCGGCCAAUCAAGACACUCAGCGAAGACACACAGGAAGUCCUCUGAUGGUGCGGUGGUAGAAACGGUCCCACUGCAGCUUGACCCCAACGCUUUGGUUCCUACCAGAAACAUCAGGCCGCUGGAGAACGCCUCCAUCUCCCCGUGGGCAUACAACAUCUCCCGUGAUGACUCUCUGUACCCCCCGAUGCUGUCAGAGGCUCGUUGUUUGCUGCGCGGCUGUCUGGACUUGGAGGGCCAGGAGGACCUGAGCCUGGAAUCCAGACCCAUCAUGCACCAGGUGCUGCUGCUGCGCCGGGUCAGGUCUGCGGUGGCGGGGUCAGGGGCGGGACACAGCUACCACUAUCGGCUGGAGUCCCGCCUCAUCGCUGUGGGCUGCACCUGCGUACGACCCAUCGUCCAGCACCAACAAUGAAGACCAGCAGAGACCAGAACGGCUGUUGGGUCCGGAAGACCAGUACCGCCAGAAAAAAAACUAAAAUCUGACUAAAAGUUAAAGUCAAAGUUCUGAUUUUGUAUAAUCUACUUGCGAUUUAAUAAGUAGAAACUAUUACUUUCUAUCUCUUUAUCAUAAACUUAUAGUAUGAUAAAGUUACAAUACAUCAAGUCAAACAUUAGGACAUCUCAUAAUUAUGACAAUGUGUCACAUUAUAUAAUUAUUAUAACGUGCUAAAGAUAACUUACAAACUUACAAAGUGCUUUUCAAUAGAUAAAAAAUGCAUAAAUCAGAGUGGACGAUAUAAAUAAAUAAGAUUAAAGAAACAAAAUGAAGCUUAUUAUUAAAAGUAACACCAAAAUGUCUGCGAGGAGAGAGAAAUAAUGAGAAGUAUAUGAUUUAGGGGUGUAUGACAAUAACUUGUGAUUCAUCUGAAUUCAUUUGAAGGAAACGUUCUUUAAUAUAUUGAACUCAAAUAUUGAAUAUACCGUGGCUGGAGAAUAACCAGAGUCGAGAGUCUCAUAAUUUAGACAUCAUACCAAAAAUAUGACUUAGUAUCUCAUAAGUUAGUAAGUUAAAAUAAUGACACAUUGUAAGUUAGAGUUAGUAGUUAGUAACUCAUGAUUUAAACUUAACAAUCAUCAGAAAACGCAUAAGUAACUUAUUAUUUUCCAUUUUUAAUCAGUAUUUAAUCUGUAUUUGAUUUGACGUGAGGUGAAAGUUUUCCUGCUCGCUGAGUUUGAACAUGCUGCUCUGUGAUCUGCUGGAUGCUGAAUUCAUCUGUCUUCUUAUUCCUUUAUUAUUUAUUUCAAUUUCAUUUUUUCAAUAUAUCAUUUUUGUUUUGUUUUGUUUAUAUUUUUUAAUUUGUAUCGAAACAGCAAACAGAAAAGUGGAGAUCAGAACAUCUACACUCAGGAGCUGAAGUUUAAAAGAUUAUUAUUGGAUGUUUUACAUUUAUUCUGUUGUAUUUAUGGUUUCAGAUUAUUUAAAUUACCUUUUAUUUAAGUGUUUUGAUCUUCAGUAGG